AGAAAUAGGGAGAAAUAUGCUGGAAGAAAUGACAGAAGAACAAGAAAAGAGGUAAACAAUUCAUUCUUGUUCUAAGGGUUCGUCUUCGGGAAAUUUCAAUCCAACGACCACGAGUUGUGAACAAGAGGCUCUCAACCAUGGACGAAGAAAACCCUCAAGAGUCUGCCACCGCGGAAGCAGGUCCGAUCCUCCACGUAAUUGUCAUCGGCUUCCACCACAAAAAAGGGUGUCAGGUUGAGUAUUCAUAUCCACCCCUGGUCCCUGGUGGUGCUUUCGACAGCAAUGAGUGUCCCCCUGGAUGGCAUUAUCUACCAACUCUUGCCCUACCUGAUGGAUCACACAAUUACGAGGACGAUACUGUUUAUUUUCACUUGCCUAGUCUGACAAAUUCCAGAGAAACUAUAUUUGGAGUGUCUUGUUUCAGACAAAUUCCCGUCGAGAAAUUAAAAAAUCGUACUCCGGACAUAACAAGAGGAACUGUCCAAAAGUCUGUGUGUGUCUUGAGCAAGCUGCCACUCUUUGGACACAUCCAAGUUAAAAUGGCUCUCAUAACCCACGCAUAUUUUGACGAAGGUGACUUCAGUAAAGUCUCUCUGCUUGAAGAUACGUACAAAAAUCUCAACGGCUGUCUUUCGUUGGACCUCCUAGAUUCCUCCCAAGCAUUUGAAGGUCUUUCUUUGAGAGAAUUUAUUUUACAAUUCAAGCACAAAGCCGUUCUCUUGUUCAAACUGCUCCUGCUGGAAAAACGGGUCAUAUUUUUCAAGUCUCCAGUGCAGCAACUGUGUGCCACAAUCCUGUCCGUCUUGUCUCUCCAUCCAGGAAUGAUAGAAAAGGGCCUGAAAGAAGCUGCUUACGUCAAAACCUCACGACCGAUGUCACCCUUGCCGAAUUAUCCAAAUGACUCUCCAGCAACACCUCCUGAAAGCCCUGAAAAAAGCUAUGCAAAAUUAUCAGCAGUAGGCAAAUCAAGGAUACCUCACUCUUCAAGUAUGAACAGUUUAGGAGGAAGGCCAGGAAGCUCUUUUGCAGAAGAGCCCAAUCCUAGUCUCCAAGACAUUUCAUCUGCUACAUCCGAUGAAUUUGAAUGUGCAAGGAGUAAAUUUUCAAACUCGGUGGCUCAAAUUGAUUCACAGUCAUGUGGCUUACCAUUGUCAAUUUUUACCAAAGGAUAUUUAUGCCAUCCCUACUUGUCGUUGCCCUACAUGGACAUGUUGACUGACGUAAACGUCCGAGGGUAUAUUAUUGGAGCAACAAAUGUUUUAUUUAAACAGAAGAAUCAACUUGCUGAUGUUUUAGUAGAGGUCGAAGAUACUCGAAUUGAAACUUCAGACCCCGACCUUCGUCGACAGCUCCAUUUGACAACAGAAGACCUCAGAUUUGCUGAUUAUGUAGUCAAACAUGUGACAGAGGAUAUUUUAGAUGGUGCUGCUUGGGAAGGAGGAGAUGAAUGGAUAAGGGCGCAGUUCAAAGUCUACCUGCUCAGUCUGUUGCGAACUUCAAUGUUAAAUGAGGGCAGCAGAGAAUUGGAUUUCUUCAAUGCAAUUUUUAUUUCGGCUUGGAAAGACUCCUAUAAUUAUAAAUACUGGAUCAGCAAGGAUUACGGGGCAAUCAUGGAUGUUCCUCCUGGACACCCUUUUGCAGGACAGCUAUCAAUGGCGGACAUGAAACUUCGACUUUCUCACACCAUGCAAAACACCGAAGGCGGCAGAAAACUUAGCCAGGCAAUGGUCAACACAGGAAGAGCAGUCACUCAUACUGGAAAAGCAGUCGGCGGGGCAAUAUCACAAGCAAAAGGAGCUUUCUCUAGUUGGUGGAGCAACAUAACAAGUCAGCCCAACAAUGGCCAGUCAGAAAAAAUAGAGGAGCUGCCUGAGGAUGGUUUAGAUAUAGAGCCCGACUUCAUUGUCAGUCCAGAGGCAGUGGAGAAUCAAGAGUCAAAAGACGAGUCGUGGGUCACGCUAGACCAGAUGAGGCAAAAGGCUCGAAAGAACAAGAACGGCACUGAGAAGUCUAAAGCUCAAAAAGAACCUGUAAAAUCUAAAGAAGCGCCUUUAGGACACAGUGAAGAAAAGCACGAGGCAGCACAAAAUAAUGAAAUUAGAUAAUUUUGUUGAAUUCCUAGUUUUGGUCCUAGUCUGAUUUGUUACUCUUGUUAACAAUUAAUCAAUUAACUGUAUCUUGAAAUAAUGUACUUAUACCUUUGUAUUCCCUCUCUUUGCAUCCCAUAAAAUACCUUAAUAGUAGAAUUUGACAACAUUCCAUACAUUAUAAACCACAAGAGCUUGCCGAUGAAUGUGUUUGACAACUGAUUAUAUGGGAACUGUUUUUUGAUCAACUCUCUCUCAUGGUGAUUUUGUUUUGUUUUCUACAUUUCCACUUUUCUUCAAUUGAUUUUGGUUGUGCUAAAAUUUCAAAUGAUUUCAAUAUUUUUUUAUUGAUCUGAUAUAUUUCCAUCUGCUUAUAAUUACACAUUGUGAUAAUAAAGUACGCAAUUCUUUAGAUGUCUGAUUGAAGAAUAAUAAAAUAUUCUGAAAAAAGUUCAAAGCAGUUUUUCCUAGAGCCCGUUGUGGAAUCUAGUUUAUUUUUUUUAUAUUAGAUUAUUUAAAACUUAUUUAUUUACGAGAAUGAAAAUAAAGUAUAAUUUUUUUUUAAACUACUAACAACA